AUGGCAUUUAGCGGAGUUCCAUUUGAAUUUGUGAGGCAUCAGAUGAAACAGAGCUGCUUCGUACCGUCAUUUUCAUCCAACCUUCUCCAGAACAAUCCCGUGGAGCCGGGAUCUGAAGACGAAAAUAUUCUCAAAUGGUCGGCGGGGUCUCUUUUCUUCUUGGCUAUGGCUUUAUUCCCUGAGGUACAGCACAAGGCUCAGCAGGAGCUCGAUAGGGUGAUUGGAGACACCCAGCUACCACAGUUCAGUGACCGCGAAAGACUUCCUUAUAUCAACGCUCUAGUGAAAGAGGUGCUUCGAUGGCACCCAGUCGUGCCGAUGAAUGUUGCACACGCUUCAAGCCAGGAUGAUGUUUGUGAGGGGUAUCUGAUUCCUAAGGGAUCAUCUAUUCUUGCCAAUAUAUGGGCAUUUACGCAUGAUCCGAAUGUCUAUCACGACCCAAUGGUCUUCAACCCGGAGCGUUUCUUGGCCACCUCCACUAGCCCUCUCCCAGAGCGAGAUCCUCACCUGCUUGUGUUUGGCUUCGGCCGUAGGGCCUGUCCUGGGCGUACUCUGGCCGACGCAAAUGUAUUCCUCUCAGUUGCACAAUCACUGGCAGUCUUCGAUAUUGCAAAGCCUGUGCGCAACGGCCAGGUCCAGGACAUUCCCCUCAAAUUCCUGCCAGGUGUAUUAGCCAUCCUGCUCCAUUUGAGCUGUCCAUUCAGCCGCGAAGUAUGGCACACGGGGGGUUGA